UAUGAAAUUGUUAGUUUUAUGGGGCUGCAUAAUUUCUUUUAUUUUUGCACAAAAAUGCGACGAGGAUAUUGAAGUGAAUUCACAGACAGAUCUUGACGUUAUAUCUAAAUGCACAGUAUAUGAAGGGAGCAUUCAUAUUACAAGUUCUAUUGCUCUAAUUGAUCUUGGAGGUCUUGAACAUAUAUUAGGAGAUCUCCUUAUCUAUGAAAAUGAUGAUAUUUUAUUAUUUAAAGCCUCAAGUCUUGCAGAUGUGAAAGGAAAAAUAAUGUUUAAAAAAUUAACAGCACUUGAGAAGAUAGAAUUACCGAUGCUUAUUUCGGCGGAUUCUAUAACUCUAUUUCAAUGCGCACAACUCCAAACUCUCGAUUUAAAUACAGGUAUACGUCAUCUUAAUCAUGUUACAAUUUCAGAUACAUCAUUACGCACUAUAUCAGGAUUUUCAAUGAAAUCUCUUGUUUCUUUAAAUAUUAAUAAUAAUAAUUAUCUUAACGUUUUUGACAUGCCGGAUCUAGUUUCAAUCAGAGAUAAGUUUUCCUUUAUGCAGAAUGGUUUAGUCCAAAAUAAUAAUGGAAUUUCUAUUUCUUUGCCUUCUUUAGAAAGUAGUGGUGGUGUAUUUUUACAAAGUGUUUCUUCAAUAAAACUAGAACAAUUAAAAAAUAUCUCAGGAGAUUUAGGAAUAUCUCUAAGCACAUUAACCACUAUUACACUAGAAUCAUUAUUUAAUAUUCAUGGAUCGUUAUCUAUUUAUAAUAACAGCGUAUUAACUACUCUUGAAUUUCCAAGUCUAGUUUCAAUCGGAGGGACUUUUCUAGUUUCUGAUAACCCAAGUUUAUAUGCUAUCUCAGGAUUCGAUAAAGUUCAAUAUAUUGGCGGUUCAAUUCAUUGGACAGGAUUUUUAAAAAGUGUUUCUUUAUCCAGUAUCACUGAUAUAAAAGGCACAGUAAAAAUUAUAUCAAGCACUCAUAUUACAUGUCCAGCAUUUACUAAAUCUCGCGCUAUUAUUCAAGGCGCCAAUCCAAUAUGUAAAAGUUCCACAGGUUCCGGUUCUAAAGGUGGUCCUGGUGGUGGAAAAAGUGGUUCUUCUAGUAGUAAAAAGAACGGGUUUAUAUUUGUUGGAGAUACAUACUUUUUUAUCACAUUUCAAAUACUUUGCACUAUUAUAAUUUUGCAUUCAAUAAUCUAGUUGAUUAUCUCAUUUACGAGACA